AAUGAAUUCUGAAGAAAAUGAAAAUUACCAAAGCUGUAUAGAAGACGAUGAUAGUGAGCUAAGUAUGGCUUCUCAUGCAGUAGCGGAAGGCCUACAGUGUUAUGGACAAAGGUUUGAACAAAUCUUACAAAAGUUUGAAAAGAAUUUUUCUACGCUAAAUGGCGAUGAAAAGAAAUUUUUUGUUGACUUUAAAAAUCAUCUAAGAACUGUAAGAGAUUGCGCAAAAGUCAAUUCGGAAUAUUACACUCUGGUCUUAGAUUACGUUUAUAAUGAUGAAGAGAGUCUGGAAUUUUUCAAAUAUGACUUUUCUCGUUAUAACUAUGUUCUAAAAUUAAUUGCCCGUGAUUGGUCGGAGAAUUAUAGAUUUGAAAGAGAAGAGUGGUUUAAUCCUAUUAUUAAUGAAUUAUCCGAGGCUUUUGAUAGGAAUGAUAGAGAAAAUGUUAAAGUUUUAUGCAUUGGAGAUGAGCUUUUAAGGUUAGCUCUGGAAAUUAGUAGAAAAGGCUUUCUAGUAGAAGGUGUUAUGGAAGACAUUUUGAAAAUAAGUGUGAUUUCUCAAAUGAACAAAUUAACUGAUAAAAAUGUCUUUUGCAUCUAUCCAUUUAUUAAUGAUUGGAAUAAUUUACUGACGGAUUUUGGACAGAUCAAGCCGAUUAGAUUUCCUGAUACAACUUUUGAAACUGAAGGAAGUACCAUCGUCGACGAUGAUUAUCUCAAAGAUGAGCCAAGCGUUAUUGCAGCAAGAUUUUUGGCUGAUUAUGCACCAACCGUAAGCCAAGAAAAAGUAGACGCUGCUACUACAUGUGGAUAUUUUAACUUAUCAAAGAACGUUCCUUUGCUAAUAUCAACUAUUCAUCAUAUUUUAAAACCUGGUGGCGUUUGGAUUAACAACGGUCCCCUCAACAAUGAUUACGACCCAGAUUAUCAAGCAAAUUCUGAAAGUGCACAUAUGGAUUAUGAUGAAGUUAAAUCUGCAUUAACAAAGCAAGGUUUUGAGAUAUUGGUAAAUAUUAAAAAUUAG